AAAAUUGCCAGUAAACUUCAGCUUCAUCUGAUUGGGCUUCUUCCAACAUUAUAGGCCCAUUAAAGUUAGGCCUUUAGAACGAUCAAACACGGUUUUGCCGCAACUUCAGUUUCCACUAAAACCGGAGCAAAGUCACACUCUCUCCGCCGCACACACACACUCACCGACACCACCAAUAAUGUCAUCUUCUCCGGCGACUCUCCCCGUCACCAAUCAGCAAGCCACUCAGUCUCAACCUCCGAUCAAUACUCACGCCUUCCGCACUUUCCUCUCACGCCUCUCCUCCUCUCUCCGCGAAAGUCUCUCACAGCGCCGUCCAUGGCUAGAACUCGUAGAUCGGAGCUCAUUCGCAAGACCUGACUCUCUCUCCGAUUCCUUCACCCGGAUCCGUAAGAAUCUGGCCUACUUCAAGGUCAAUUACUCAGCAAUCGUCUCCUUAGUCCUUGCUUUCUCCCUCCUCUCGCAUCCGUUCUCGCUCCUCGUCCUCCUCUCUCUCCUAGGCUCGUGGAUGUUUCUAUACCUCUUCCGAUCUUCGGAUCAGCCUUUGGUUCUCUUCGGCCGUACUUUCUCGGAUCGUGAGACCUUGCUCGCUCUGGUUCUGACUACGAUCGUGGUGGUGUUUAUGACGAGUGUUGGAUCUUUGUUAACCUCGGCGUUAACGAUUGGGGUAGCGAUUGUUUGCUUGCACGGUGCGUUUAGGGUUCCGGAUGAUUUGUUCUUGGAUGAACAAGAGGGGUCUGCUAAUGCUGGAUUGCUCUCGUUCAUCGGUAACUCUGCUGCUACUUCUGCUGCUGCUUCAGUUGUUGCAGGACGAGUCUGAUGAUUUUGGUUUAUGUAUUUUGAGUAUAGAUUUCAAUAUGAGAAAGAUCCGUAAGAGUUAGAUCUACUAAAGAUACAUUGUUCUUGUUUUGUAUUCUUCAAUUUCGUCGCUAUUAUUUGCUUCACAAUGUAAGAUCCCAUUUACUUUUGAAUCAAUUUGAUACUUUUGUUGCUCUUA